AUGUGCACCUCAGUUGAGAAUUGCACCCAAGUCACCUGGUUCCUCCUGCUGGGGCUCACAGAGCAGGAAGGGCUCAAGGGCAUCCUCUUUGUACUCUUCUUGUUCAUCUACUUAGUCACCCUCAUGGGCAACCUGGGCAUGAUUAUCCUGAUCCACACAGAGCCACAGCUGCAUACACCCAUGUACUUCUUCCUGAGCAUUCUCGCCUUCAUGGAUUCCUGUUUCUCCACUGUGGACACCCCCAAGCUGCUGGAGAACUUCCUCACCUCAAGUCAGUACAUCUCCUUUGCAGGCUGUGUGGCCCAGAUGGCCCUCAUGACUCUCCAUGGUAUUGCUGAGUGUCUGCUCCUGGCCAUCAUGGCCUAUGAUCGAUUUGUUGCCAUCUGCCACCCUCUCCUCUACCACACCAUCAUGUCACAACAUCUAUGUUUCCAGAUGGUGGCAGCCAUCUAUACAGCCUCUAUUGCCAAUUCAGCUUUGCUAACUGGGUACAUCUUCAAACUGCCCUACUGUGGCCCCAACGUCAUUAACCACUAUUUCUGUGACAUUCCUCCAGUGCUUCAACUUGCCUGUGCAGACACUGCAGAGGUUGAAACCAUCGUCUUCUCAUCUUCUGCCCUGAUUUUCUCUUUUACCAUCACCAUCAUCCUGGUCUCCUAUGCCUACGUCCUGGUGACUAUCUGCAGAAUGCAUUCCCCAGAGGCUCAGAGCAAAGCACUCUCCACCUGUACCUCCCACCUCACCAUUGUCUGCCUUUGGUAUGGCACCAUCAUCUUCAUGUAUGCUCAGCCAAGCUCCCUCAAUUCCAUGGAACAGAACAAGUUCGUGUCUGUCUUCUACACUGUGAUCAUCCCUAUUCUGAACCCCCUGAUCUACAGCCUGAGGAAUAAAGAUGUGAAGUCUGCUUUAAAGAGGAGAUACUUUGGCAAGCUGCCUUCUUAA